AUGGCUACCUCCAAAGAUUAUCCUGCUCAUUCUUAUGCUCCUGUUUCUCCUUCUGAAAAGACAGGUGCAGACCAGACGACCGAGCCCAACCCGAAAGAGCCCACAAACAUCUCGAGCCGUCUGCGGACCACAUACCUCUUCCCUAUACUGCAUAUCCUCUGGUGCAUCCUACUCGUUCUAUGCAUGGUCUUCCUCCUCGAUGGAUACCACGCCAUCCUCCCUGACGCUCCCCGCUACGUCGACGAACAGCUUAGGCUUCGCGUUAGCGAUGUCACCACCAUUAUUUCGGUCGCCCUGGUGGUUGCAAGGCUUCUUGUUGGAGCAUGGAUGGGCGUGGUCCUCUGGAACAUCGUUUUCAUUCUGUUGGAGACGUCUGGGCUGCGCCUCUCCGAAGUCACUCAAACUUUCACCUAUAAAGUACUACCAUGGCAUGCUAUCCGUGGGAAUAAGUCCGGCCUCUUCGUUGUGGCACUUUUGCUCUUGGUCGUUCCACAACCGCUUAUUGGACCCCUCAUAUCAGGUGCCGUGGACUGGGAUGUCGGCUUCGAAUAUAGUUCGGACCUAGCGCAGGCGCAAGCUGGAUAUCCUGGAGCGAGUCCCUUGCUCUGGUUCUGGUAUUACUACUCUAGCGAGGAUCGUCGUUCCUAUGUCCGCAGAGCUGCCGCUUACGCCUCUAUUGCAUGGGACGGCACGACGAUUGACAGGGGCCACUGUCGUCACAUCAUGAAUGACGAUGGAUUCCCCGUCAACUCCAGUAUCCUGAACGCUACGAUCCCCUGUCUUCGGAUUAAUUCAAUCACAUUCCCAACCGAAUACCCUCCGGAUGAUGUUUUCCAGAUCGUCAAUCACUCAGUGCAUGCUAGGACUUAUGAGGACGACCUGACUCGCGUCAAAGACCCUCCAUUAUCCUAUGGCAUAGAUGGAAACGCAGUCCUCUUCGAUAAGGACGAUAGACCCGGGAUGCUCGGCAAUUUCCCAAAUAAGAGUGACAAUGCGUUCUUGAUGGAUGUUCCAUCUGCUUACUUGCAGACCGGGAUCUUUCACGCCGUGGUUCUGAUCAACGGAACCGUCUCGCUCGAUGGAAACAACUGCACCGACUUGAAAGAGAGCAUUUUUGGUAUGAAGAAGUUCAACAGUAUCUUUACACCGAACGAAAGGGGCAACUACUACCGGUGUUUCACUUACGCAGUCGUUAAUCUCACUGCCGGCGUCGUCAGAAGCCCAACUAGCACCUAUCUCUCGAGCCGCAUGAUUCAAAGUGAUGCAACUGACUCAGAAUUACCGAUAGAGCCUGCUCCCUGGGUUCAAGAAGCCAUGUACCUCAUGCCGGAUGUCAUGAGUGUGUAUAGUAUGAUGAACUCUUCCGGCCUCCCAACCUGGGAGAACUUGGAGGAGUACGUCACAAGACUCAUACGAUAUUCAUAUCAAGGAUCGUGGGACAUGCUUUCACGUUCGUUUGAGCCGGACGAGAACCUUCUAUCUGUUCGGCGAUACGAGCAGAGGCAGGUCGCUCAAGUGUCCCAUCCUCGGGUUUUUGGAUGGCUUGGAGUUUCCUUGGCCCUGACCUUGUCAUGGGUAUUACUUGUGCUGGGCCAGAAAUAUUCGUCUCGGAAAAUCGUCGAGGACGGGCCAGUGGCUGCGCUCGUUACCGACUGUUCCCCGUUGCUUGAUGGAGCCGAGAAUGAGUUAACCAACAUAUCUUCAGCGUCAGAGGCUAAGGGUGAGAAAAAGGUCAAGUUGUUGAGACAGAGAGUUGGAAGGUACUCUUUGAACUGGACGGAUUAG